UUGGUCUUAUAUCUCGGGCCAAUGCUUGAGAAGAAAUGUACGCUAAAGUAGAUACCUGUUACUUUUUAAACAAAGAAGUUAUGUGCAGUGUAUUCUAUCUGCUCAUAGAAUCCAUAAAGUUGAGUUAAUUUUGAACAGGUUGUUGAAUUAUCAGUGUUGAUGAGAAAUGAUCCGAACAUAUAUGAUAAGUUAGUGUUAUUAUAGCCUCAAUGUACACUUACAUUGUACUUUGACAAUCAUGAAUGGCAUAUAAGGUGUUUUGAUUGUGGUAUUAAUAGGACCUAACAAUGAUGAUUCUAUGUUACAAUUGGCGAUGUACAUACAUCUUCUAUGGAAUAUAAAAUCCAUGGAGCUUAUUAUCCAGAAGGAAUAUAUUUUCAGUGGGAUGUUAGUGCGGUGUAUACUCAAAAAGCCACGGUAGGAAACUGAAGAUGUACACAACUUUACCAAAAUCAUGGCGGGACGAAUUCGACGUCAACGCCUCGUUGACUGAACUCAACGACGCUUUGGUCACGCUACACCUUCCGGCCAUUGUCAUCUGCGCUACGCUUGCAGUGAUCGGGAUCAUCGGAAACUUGAUCGUGUUAAGCGUCUACAUACCCCACCCAAGCUCAUUUUCACGUGUGUUUAUUCUGUGGCUUGCUGUUGUAGACUUUAUAGCGUCCAGCGUUGGAACGCCUCUUCUGGUGUUCAGCAUGAUCCACCCGUACCAGUUUCAGUCCGAGAACGUAUGCAAAACGUUACGUUUUGUACACGUUUUUCUUGUUGGGACGUCAGUGUUUAUAUUUGUUAGUAUUGCCAUUGAAAGGCACCGAGCUAUCUGCAAUUUUGAGGUGGUUGAAAUGAAAACAAGGCGAAUGCAUGUCAUGUGUAUUGUGUCUUGUAUAAUGGGAGUUGUAGUGGCCGUCCCGGCUAUAUUUAUUUACGGAAUAAGGACAGUCAAAACUGGAGUUCACAAUAUCACAGGGACUGAAUGCUUUGUUGAAGACCACUUUAUACAAUCUGAUUCAAUAUGGCCCAAAAUAUACUUCCCAUUUCAAUCCAUUGUCGUGAGUAUAUCAUUUGCUAUAUUGCUUGUGUUGUACAUUCGGAUUGGACGACAGUUACAGUGGCAUCUGAAAUUCACGGGACGUUACUCCACAGGCUCGAUCUUAAACAAGUCAACCAAAUCAAGCCAGUCACUAUGUACACCCAAAGCUGCUACAAGCACACAUAAAAACAAAGCUGGAAGUGUCUUAAUGAAGACCACGACGUCAGAUCAAACUGGAAGUACGUACAGACUACACAAGCCUGUUGGGAAGGCAGUGUCCAACGCCACUAGCCGCGUGAACAGAGCCGCCCAUGAGAUGACCAGCAUGUUUUGUUGGUUGACGGCCGUUUUUGUGCUCUCUUUCAUUCCUCAUCUUGCUAUUAUCAUCUACUCUACCUUUCGACCAGAUUUUGCGCAGGAUAUGACGUCAUUACAGGUUGUGACAUAUAACAUUUUUCUGAGAUCGUUUGUGAUUAAUAACAUGGCGAAUCCUCUGGUAUAUUUCACAUGUGUACGUGACUUCCGAAGAGACUUUAGGAAUUUAUUCUGCAAACUUUUCUAUUGUUACAGGUGUUAAUGGACGAAGUAAACGAUAACCUGUCAAAGGCGAUUGGGAACGUUUUUCAAAACCUGAAUAGGCUUAAUUUUAGAUAGUGAAUAAAACAGUUUUUAUAUGUCGUUUUUAUAGUAGAAGGCUGUAUAGUUGAGUAUCACGUCAUUGCUACGCCUGAAGGUCAACUCAUAUAUGAACUGUGGCGUGUCAGGUCUAUGACUUUGUUGUCUGUUGGGGAACAAAAAUAGCUGAAAAUGAAUUGUGUCUACAUCUUAGGCUCAUGCACUAAACUUAAGCUUCUACUUAACCUAAAUGCCCUGAAAAGGUUUCAAACUCAAGGGCAUAAACUGAAAUAUUUUCAUAUGCCCCGAAUAUGGAUUCUUAAUUUCAAAUCGGAUUCCGAAAUCCAUCGUAAAUCCAACAAUGUGAGUAGGUUCCAUGUGCUAUAUGGAGGUUGACAGUUUAAGAGCCAGUGUCAGAGAUGUAGGUCAAUCCUCAUUAUUAUGUGCGUUCAUAUUAACUAAACACAUUUCGAAUCGAAAAUGGUUCUUUAAUAUAAAACAGACGAAAUGAAUUGAAUGGAGUUGUUAUGAAUUCCAUUGUAGGUACUAUUCUCGAUGAAAUGCAUGGAACUGUGCAAUGCUCAUUCCAAUUUCCGUCACACAUGUAGGAAGCGUUAGGUGUCUUCUUUAAUUGAGAAGAUUUUUAUACAUUUUCGUUUCCCAUCUCCAUCAAAAACAAGUACAUUCAAAUACAUCUUUGGGCGAUGGCCAAAAAUAAAACGGAGAAGGAUCCUCCGACUCUAGAAAUACGUGUAUGAUCUAUUUUACAAUCUCUUAUACAAAAUAUGUGUAUGAGUUAUUUGACAAUCUCUUACGAAAAUACGUGUACAAUCUGUUAGACAAUCUCUUACGAAAAUACGUGCAAUAUCUAUUAGACAAUAUCUUAUGAAAUCUGUUAAGCAAUCUCCUAUGACAGUACGUGUGCAAUAUGUUUUGCAAACUCUUUUGAAAAUACGUGAAGUAUCUGUAAGACAAUAUCAUAUGAAAAUACGUGUACAUUCUGUUUGAUCUGCAUGCAUGUAUACUAUGUUAGACAAUCUCUUACGAAAAUAUGCGUACAAUCUGUUUUGAAAUCUCUUAGAAAAAUACAUGUACAAUUUGUUAGGCAGUGUCUUACGAAAACACGUGUACAAUGUGUUAGGAAAUCUCUGAUGACAAUACGUGUACAAUCUGUUUGGCAUGCCUUUAUGAAAAUACGUAUACAAUGUGUUAGGCAAUGUCUUACGAAAAUACGUGUACGGUAUGUUUGACAAUCUCUUGCGAACUACGUGUACGGUAUGUUUGACAAUCUCUUGCGAAAUACGUGUACAAUCUGUUAAGUAAUUUCUUAUUAAAAUACGUGUUCAAUCUGUUAAAUAAUCUCUUUUGAAAAUACGUGUACAAUCUGUUUGACAAUCUCUUACGAAAAUACGUGUACAAUCUGUUUGACAAUCUCUUAUGAAAAUACGUGUACAAUCUGUUAGACAAUAUCUUAUUAAAAUACGUGUACAAUCUGUUUUACAGUCUCUUACGAAAACACGUGUACAAUCUGUUUGACAAUCUCUUAUGAAAAUACGUGUACAAUUUGUUUGAAAAUCUCUUAUGAAACUACGUGUUAACUCUGUUAAGUAAUCUCUUAUGAAAAUACGUGUUCAGUCUGUUAGAUAAUCUCUUUUGAAAAUAUGUGUACACUCUGUUUGACAAUCUCUUAUGAAAAUACGUGUAUAAUCUGUUAGACAAUCUCUUACGAAAAUACGUGUACAAUCUGUUUGCCAAUUCCUCACGAAAAUGUGGGAACAAUCUGUUAGGCAAUCUCUUUUGAAAAUACGUGUACAAUUUGUUUAACAAUCUCUUACGAAAAUGCAUGUAAACUCUGUUAGGCAAUCUCUUAUGAAAAUACGUGUAGAAUCUGUUAUACAAUCAUUUACGAAAAUGCGGGAACAAUCUGUUAGGCAAUCUCUUUUGAAAAUACGUGUACACUCUUUUAGACAAUCUCUUAUGAAAAUACGUGUACAAUCUGUUUGACAAUUUCUCAAGAAAAUGCGGGAACAAUCUGUUAGGCAAUCUCUUAAGAAAAUACGUGUUCACUCUGUUAGACAAUCUCUUACGAAAAUACUAUAAACUCUGUUAGAUAAUCUCUUACGAAAUUACGUGUACAAUCUGUUAGACAAUCUCUUACGAAAAUACGUGUAAACUCUGUCAGGCAAUCUCUUACGAAAAUACGUGUAAACUCUGUUAGACAAUCUCUUACGAAAUUACGUGUACAAUCUGUUUGACAAUUUCUCACGAAAAUGCGGGAACAAUCUGUUAGGCAAUCUCUUAUGAAAAUACUUGUACACUCUGUUAGGCAACUCUUAUGAACAUACGUGUUCACUCUGUUAGACAAGCUCUUACGAAAAUACGUGUAAACUCUGUUUGGCAAUCUCUUACGAAAAUACGUGUUCACUCUGUUAGACAAUCUCUUAUGAAAAUACAUGUACAAUCUGUUAGGCAAACUCUUAUGAAAAUACGUGUACACUCUGUUUGACAAUCUCUUACGAAAAUACGUGUACACUCUGUUUGACAAUCUCUUAUGAAAUUACGUGUACAAUCUGUUAGGCAAACUCUUAUGAAAAUACGUGUACACUCUGUUAGACAAUCUCUUACGAAAAUACGUGUAAACUCUGUUAGACAAUCUCUUACGAAAUUACGUGUACAAUCUGUUUGACAAUUUCUCACGAAAAUGCGGGAACAAUCUGUUAGGCAAUCUCUUAUGAAAAUACUUGUACACUCUGUUAGGCAAGCUCUUAUGAACAUACGUGUUCACUCUGUUAGACAAUCUCUUACGAAAAUACGUGUAAACUCUGUUAGGCAAUCUCUUACGAAAAUACGUGUUCACUCUGUUAGACAAUCUCUUAUGAAAAUACAUGUACAAUCUGUUAGGCAAACUCUUAUGAAAAUACGUGUAAACUCUGUUAGGCAAUCUCUUACGAAAAUACGUGUAAACUCUGUUAGACAAUCUCUUACGAAAUUACGUGUACAAUCUGUUUGACAAUUUCUCACGAAAAUGCGGGAACAAUCUGUUAGGCAAUCUCUUAUGAAAAUACUUGUACACUCUGUUAGGCAAGCUCUUAUGAACAUACGUGUUCACUCUGUUAGACAAUCUCUUACGAAAAUACGUGUAAACUCUGUUAGGCAAUCUCUUACGAAAAUACGUGUUCACUCUGUUAGACAAUCUCUUAUGAAAAUACAUGUACAAUCUGUUAGGCAAACUCUUAU